AUACUGGGCUAACCUGAAGUUAUGGUUUAAGCAGAAGAUCAGCAAAGAAGAGUUUGACCUUGAAGCUCACAGACUUCUUACACAGGACAAUGUCCAUUCUCACAACGACUUCCUCCUGGCCAUUCUGACGCGCUGUCAGAUCUUGGUUUCUACACCAGAGGGUGCUGGAUCUUUGCCCUGGACAGGGGGUUCUGCAGCCAAACCUGGAAAACCCAAGGGAAAGAAGAAGAUCUCUUCCGUCCGUCAGAAAUUCGAUCAUAGAUUCCAGCCUCAAAAUCCCCUCUCGGGAGCCCAACAGUUUGUGGCGAAGGACCCCCAGGAUGAUGACGACUUGAAACUGUGCUCCCACACAAUGAUGCUUCCCACGCGGGGUCAGCUGGAAGGGAGGGUGAUAGUGACUGCUUACGAGCACGGGCUGGACAAUGUCACCGAGGAGGCCGUGUCAGCUGUGGUCUAUGCGGUGGAGAAUCACCUUAAAGAUAUACUGACAUCGGUUGUGUCAAGAAGGAAGGCCUAUCGGUUACGAGAUGGCCAUUUCAAAUAUGCCUUUGGCAGUAACGUGACGCCACAGCCAUACCUGAAGAACAGCGUCGCAGCUUACAACACCCUAAUAGAAAGCCCUCCAGCUUUUUCCGCACCCUGCGCUGGUCAGAACCCCGCUUCCCACCCACCCCCGGAUGACGCCGAGCAGCAGGCCGCACUCCUGCUGGCCUGCUCUGGGGACACACUGCCUGCAUCGUUGCCUCCAGUGAAUAUGUAUGACCUUUUUGAAGCUCUGCAGGUCCACCGGGAGGUCAUCCCCACACACACCGUGUAUGCCCUGAACAUCGAGAGGGUCAUCACCAAGCUCUGGCAUCCCAACCACGAGGAGCUGCAGCAGGACAAGGUGCACCGUCGGCGCCUGGCGGCCAAGGAGGGGCUGCUGCUCUGCUAGAUGGGGCUGCGGGUGGGCCUCCCCACCCCCCUGGUGACUAAAGUGGAACGUCUGGGGUCCACAUUUCAAGGCCGAAGUGUCUGAUGUAUAUAUAACCUUUCCUAUGGAAAUGUGAUGUUGAGGACAUUCUGCGUUGCUACUGUGAAGCCCUUAUGCAAGUCUGACUUCAGUAACGACCCACCUCUGUAGGCUUUGCGUUCCCAGUUUCGGAAGCAAGGACUGACGGAGCUCUGUGUCUCAGUGGAGAGGGAGACGUUCGGGGAUCUGAGGCCGAGUGUCCCCAGGUCCGGGUGUCAGACAGACAACAGCCCAGAGCAAGACGGUUAUAACCCAGUCCGUGUGCCCGCAGUCUGAGCCUGAGUGCCCCCAGGUCCGGGUGUCAGACAGACAACAGCCCAGAGCAAGACGGUUAUAACCCAGUCCGUGUGUCCGCAGUCUGAGCCUGAGUGUCCCACGGUCUGCAUGUCACACAGGUGACAGCCAGAGCAAGACGCUGUUAUAACCUAGUCCCUGUGUCCACAGGACACCCAAGUGCUCAGUGAAAUCAUGUUUUAUUUCUGGCACCUUGAACAUUUAUGCCUUUCUCCUGAAAAACUGUGCUCUUGCAUUUUGGUUGAAAUAACCUUCACAGUAUUAAAAAUCAGAUACCUCUCAUAGUGACCAGUUCAUUCUUUAACAGCCAUAGGUAGCCCCCACCCCAGUUCCUCAUUACAGCUCCCCAGAAAAUGGGAGCUAUGCGACAGUUUCAUGAUUUCCUAGAGAUUUCCAUGUAUAAAAAAUAUACAUGCUGUGAGACAGAAUAAGUUGUUUUUUUUUUUUUUUAACAUUUAAAA